AUGACCGAAUAUUUUGAUGAAAUUCCUCUUGAAAGUUGGUCUCUUGAUAAUCUAGCUGAAUGGUGUGUCUUCAACGUUUCAUGUGAUAAGAAAAGAAUCUUGGAUUAUAUGAAAAAAGCAUUCAGGACUCGUCUGGAUGUUGAACUAUUAGUUCGCUACGGGAUCUCAUGUUCUUGGAAGUUGACUAAAAAUAGAAACAAUUAUUUUAACGAUUUGAAGACUUUAAAGCAAACAAAAAAUGAGGAAACCCUUCAACUGACACAAAUAAAUAGUCAAGAAACUGUACGACUUGCUGAGAUGAAGUCAGAAAAUCUGCAAGAACAUACGGCUAUAGUAAUAGGACUCCAUAAGUACAUUGGAAAUGAACUCACUACUUUUGACUUUAAAGGGAAAAAAAUUGUAUCAGAUAAGGGUAUAGAACAAGAGAAGCAAGAUGUGAAGUUGACAUCAGUUGAUGUUGCUGCAAUGCAACAAAAUGAUGAAUUUUGUAAGCAUAUUUUUGUCAUUAUUGCUAUCAGCUUUCUUAAAGGCACUGAGUUGUUGACAUUCUCUGACAUUUCUUGGUUUAUCUUAGUUGAUUCUGGUUCAAUUAACAGGAACAUAGAAUCUAAUAUCGAUCUAAACACAUCUGAAAGUACAUUGGAAAUCGAAAACAAAGAUGUAAAAGAAGAUAACGAUGAUGAGUACGAAGAAUAUCCUGAGGAAAUUAUAUCAGUUGAGAUUUUGAAAAACUUGGCCAUUGAGAGACUUCUUAGCAUUAAAAAUGGAAUUGCAAGGUAUAAAAUUAUAUUCUUGCCUGAAGAACAUCUGUAUAAUCCAAUUAAGUGCCUGUUCACUGAUCAGGAAUGGAUAGUAAUGGAAUCAAACUGGAGAAAGAUAGAAGAAAAAAUUGAGUGUUUGCUUCCAGUAUUUGAACGUAAUCUACAAUUACUUUUGGAGAGAUAUGAUAAUGCUAUUUCACAAAAUGUCAUUGGAUAUUAUAUUGACUUGAAUAAAGUUGAGUCCAUUAUCAGUCAAACACCAUUUGAAAAUAAUCCUCCAUACUUAUUUGCAAGAGAUUGGAUGCUGAGGUGGAUUCAACAAGUAUACACAACUUUAGGCGAGAUUGAAAAUACUGAUCGAAAGAACCAGUUGGAAUUGAAAAGAUGUUUAGACAAACGUAAAACGAAUUCUGGUAGCUGGUUUCAUGAUGCAGUUUUAUUAAUGAAUGUUAACCACACAGAAAUUCAGGUAGCUUUUGGGGAAGUUGGUGGGAAUGCUUAUUAUCAUGAUGAUGUAAAGAUGAGGGGAGAUCGUGCAAAGAUCCUUAAAGCUAUGCAACUGGCUCUCUUCAAUAUUCGGAAGUUGUUUCCAGAAAAUGAUUCAAAUCUAGAAAAAUUAGAAACGUAUGGAAUUCUUGUGUACA